AUGACACUGUGGUUGCUGCUGCUGCUUCUGGUGGUGGUGCUGCUGGUGGUUCUUAACCACACCUUUCCUAGUGAGAGUCUAGGCCAGAUACUGAUAAAGGAAGAAAGGUCCAGGGACCGGCUGGAGCUGGUGAAGAGACUGGUCCUGUGGAACGAUACCCGCAAGAUCUCCAUACCUGGGGCAGCCACAGGAGUCCCAGAGGAGUUCCGUAAAACCUACGGGACAAAGAGGUGUACUAUUGGGCACACUGAAGCCUCCAUUGCCCCCAGGAUGGAUGAAGAGUUGAGGGAUGGCAGCGAAGGGGGCGGAGCUCAUGAGGAGAGGUUCAGCACAAGAGCCCACCGAGGGGAGCGAGCUUGCAGGCUUGUGAGCCCGCACCCCGGCAGUCCCCCGCCAGGAUCCAGGAAGCAUCCACCAGGAAGCUCCCGGGGCUUGCAGCGGGGCGUUGGCACGGGCACGCGCACUUGCUUUGCCGGCUCGGAUGCGGCGAGGACGCCUCGGUGUCGCGACCUGAGCCAUUCAACAGCUGGCCUCGCCCGCAGCAGUCCCAGAGAGCGACCGGGAGCGUUGAUGGUUGACACUGCGGCAGCUGGAGGGAGGCGGCGACAGGAGCUGUGGCGGUUCCGCUAUCCCAGCGGAGCCGAGCGCGGAGGUAGAGCGGCUGCCCAGGCGCCUGACUCAGGUCUUUGAGAGUGAACUCAAUACGACUCAUCACUACAGCCCCCAAUGUGUCUGAGUAGGUGAUUG